AUGAGGGCGGAGACAUACAGCCAUCUACACCCGGUGCUUCUUUCCUCGCUUGCAACGGCGACAGCAUCGUUUGCAGGCAGCUCAUGGGCAGAACAGAGUGCACGCUGUGCCUCCGGCACAGCCGGUCGCUGCGCCAAUCGCUCGCCACCGUUUGCAGAGGCUGCGUUGUGGGCAGCUGGCCAGGUGCCUGAAGCUUGUGACAAAUCCGACGACUCGGAGUGUCCCUUUUCCAUUGACGCGUGGCAUGGUGUGGCCUCGGCGUGGCGAUACGCAUGGAACAACCUUCGUUUAGCUAUUCAGCAUGCAAGUCCGGCUCACCGGCUGCGGCUCACGCCCCGCGAGGUACAACAGGUUGUGGCCGUGCAUGAGUUCAUGUAUUGGCUUGGAAAUGAUGCCAAGAAGUGGCAUGUAGGUUGGCAGGAGAUGAGCGGAACUGCGCGUGCCCUCUUGCGGUCGCUACAGCUUUGGCUCGUUGCUGGCGAGUACCAGCUGGGCAGCCAACUACAGCUUGCUUUGACAAACCACGGGCUUCAUGUUCCUUUCGCAGGGAGAUCCUUCCAGCUUCCUGCUGGUGACGUCGGCGCCCGUGUCUCCCUUGCCAACGGUUUGCCGAUGCCGCUUCUGAUCUUCAGUGUCUGGCAGGUGUGGCGGCUCCCUCUUAAACCGACGAACGAUGUCUACAAGCAGGUGCUCAAAGCGAUCAACACCGGGUACAGACACAUCGACAUUGUACCGUACCAUGGCAGCGAAAAGGAAGUCAGCAUGGCAAUUCGGGAUUCAGGUGUCCCGCGAGAGCAGAUCUUCCUUGCCUGUCGGCUCAGUCCGGCGGACAGCUACCCCUUGGGUGCCAAACGUGCAAUCCAACAGCUGCUGAGACAUUUUGGGUUGGACUACAUUGACCUGUUCAUGAUGAGCCAUUCCACCCGGUACUCCAUGCUGCAGCACCAAGUGUGGGAAGUACUGGAAGCAUUCUACGACAAAGGCAUUUUCCGCUCGCUGGGUGUCAGCAACUUCGACCUGCCUUCCCUGCAGACUCUUUACCGCGCGGCGCACGUAAAGCCAGUCUAUCUGCAGCGCCGGAUGUCGAUUUACCAGAUGCUCAGGGAAGAUCUGAACUCCGACGGCGAUGUGCUGGGCUGGACUCGGGCACAUGGCAUUGUCAUGGCGGCAUACCAUGCGGAAGACCGUAUGAACUUCCUGGGGCCUCUAGAAGAUCCUCAUGUCGUUGCGAUCGCAAAGCGAGCAGGCCGCUCAGCCGCGGUAGUGCUCGCACGCUGGGCCUUGCAGCUGGGCCUGGCUGUGGCCUCGAAACACGCUGAGACAGAGGACAGUCAGGUCUUCGACUUCACUUUGUUGGAAGAGGACAU